UCGGAUCCUCGAUUCAAGUGACUCGUAUUGAGCUUCAGAUAAGAGAGUAGGCCCUAAAGCACUUAGCUCAUGUAACCCUGCCAACGAAUGUCUUAAGUUCCUUUCCCCACACAAUUUUGAGGAAUUCACAUAUAUCGACUUCAUUCCCAUAAUAUUCACCAAUAACGGACCCCGGGUAGUUCACCAUGGAAAGUGACGAGGACACAGCUGCUGCUAUGGCAGAAGCCAUGGGCUUCUCAAGCUUCGGCAUGCAGAAUGCUAACAAGCGACGCAAAUUCAACCCCCGUGCCGAUGAAGCUGUGACUGCAUCAACCACCAUUCCCCUUCACCAGAGCGGUACUGUCAAGGAGGCCAGAACAGGAUCAAACACAACACCUUUAGGUGUAAGAACUCGAAACGAAGAUGAGAUUGACCUCGAAGAGGACGAAGAUGAACCCAAUGUCUCCAAAAGCGAUGUUCGUGAUAGCCUCAACGACCAGAGUAACGAUAAUCCAGGGCCACAGUACAUGGACACAUCGCGCCCACCUACAGCUGUUAUGGCUGAAUUAAAUGACGACAUUCAGUCUAAAAUUGACAGUAUAACUGGAGUCUCCUCUGAUCAGGCUUGGGGAACUCCAUCUUCAACAACAAGCAUCGACGGAGGCACAAGUUAUCGAGGUGGCCGUGGUCGUGGCGGUCAUCAAGCCAGUCGAGGUCGAGGUCGAGGACGGGGAGGUGGUCAAGGGCAUGAGCCAGGAAAGAAGUGGUGGGAGGGCUAUUAUGACCCGAGUACGAACACUAACCCAUGGGAGGCACUGGAGAAGGCCAGUGGCUUGGAGCCGGUAGGCAGUUGGAUGUCAUGGGAGGAGGCAAAGUCUCGGUCUGGUCAGGCGUCGGUUAGUUGAAUUGCCAUGGGCGAGCAAUGAUUUAAUCAGUCCAUAUCGUUCAUCGAAGGACGAAGAUAGGGGGCAAAGAGAAAUAUGACUUACCUAGGUACCUAACAAACUCUUGCGUUCGUGCAGGUAU